ACUGAAGAAAAGGACUAGACUUGAGUUUAGUAUAAAAGGGGUGUGUCUUAACUACUUCUGCAUCAGUUCUACUGUAGCGAUCAGUUCUGUAGACACAUCUAUUCACAACUCUUCCAUAAUCAUCAUGAAUACUUUGAUAAUUGUCAUGCUUUUUGCUCUUGCCUCACCUAUUUUCUGUGAGGACCAAGCUCUGGAGCCUAAAAAACAAGAAAAAAGAGGUCUAGCUGGUCUUGGAUAUGGAUCCUAUCUUGGUGCUCAUGGUUAUGGAUAUAAUGGAUUAGGACAUGGAUAUGUAGGUACUCCUUAUUACUCAAGCUUAGGUCACGGAGUUGCUACUCCAGUUCUAAGUCAUUCUUACUCAGCACCUUUAGCUUAUUCCCACGGAUACUCUGGAUAUCACGGAUAUAACUCACCUCACUACAGUGCUCCACUUCGUGUCGGAUACGGUGGUCUCGGCCAUGGCUUAGGACACUACAAUUAUUGGUGAAAGAUCGAAAUCAGGAAGAUCAUUUAUUUCAUUACAUUUCUGUGGAAAUGUCUUUCAAAUAUUAACAUGUCUUGUUUCAUUUUUAUGAUUUCAUCACUUUUUUAUGUUCAUUAAUUGACCAAACUAAAA